UUUUGCACUCCACACAUUCCCGUUCCCUCUCCUUCUCGGUUGCUCGGCGCGUGGACUGUCAGAUAGAGCACUUUUACUGCUGUUCCUGAUCCCUUUCCCUGCAACGUUUAUCCCGUCUGUAGGAAUCGCGAUUUGAUCAGAACAUGCCGCCCAAAAAAGGAGAUUGUGAACCCAAGUUACCACCCCUUAUAGGACGAUUUGGAACCUCUUUGAAGAUUGGCAUUGUUGGCUUGCCCAAUGUGGGGAAAUCUACAUUUUUUAACGUUCUUACAAAAAGUCAGGCAGCUGCAGAAAACUUUCCCUUCUGUACCAUUGAUCCAAAUGAAAGCAGAGUGCCAGUUCCAGAUGAGCGAUUUGACUUCCUCUGCAAGUACCACAAACCUGCCAGUAAAGUACCAGCAUUUCUUAAUGUGGUUGACAUCGCAGGACUUGUGAAGGGUGCCCACGCUGGUCAAGGUCUUGGAAAUGCCUUCCUCUCUCACAUCAGUGCAUGUGAUGCAAUCUUUCACCUUACAAGAGCUUUUGAAGAUGAUGAAAUUGUUCACAUUGAAGGGAAUGUAGAUCCUGUUCGGGAUAUUGAAAUUAUUCAUGAAGAACUGAGACUGAAGGAUGAAGAACUAAUUAUGCCUAUUAUUGACAAACUCGAGAAAGUGGCAGUAAGAGGAGGUGACAAAAAACUAAAACCUGAAUAUGACAUAAUGUGCAAAGUCAAGAAUUGGGUUAUCGAUGAAAAGAAACAUGUACGCUUCUAUCAUGACUGGAAUGACAAAGAGAUUGAUGUUUUGAAUAAGCAUUUACUUUUGACAUCAAAACCAAUGAUUUAUUUGGUUAACCUGUCUGAGAAAGACUACAUCAGAAAGAAGAAUAAAUGGUUGGUAAAAAUUAAAGAGUGGGUAGACAAGCAUGACCCAAGAGCAAUGGUAAUACCUUUCAGCGGAGCACUUGAACUAAAGAUACAGGAAAUGGGUGAAGAUGAAACAAAGAAAUACAUGGAAGAAAACAAAACGCAAAGUGCAUUGCCCAAGAUCAUCAAGACUGGAUUCUCAUCUCUACAGCUUGAAUAUUUUUUUACUGCAGGGCCAGAUGAAGUGCGAGCGUGGACCAUAAAGAAAGGGACGAAGGCACCUCAGGCUGCUGGCAAGAUCCACACAGAUUUCGAGAAGGGCUUCAUUAUGGCUGAUGUAAUGAAAUUUGAAGAUUUUAAAGCUGAAGGCAGUGAAACUGCUGUCAAGAGUGCUGGAAAAUACAGACAACAAGGCAGAAAUUACGUUGUUGAAGAUGGAGACAUUAUCUUUUUCAAAUUCAAUACUCCCCAGCAAGCAAAAAAGAAGUGAAUUUAGCGUACAGCUGACUCCUGUCAUAAACAAUAGAACAUAAUGGCCAUGAAGUUGUAGACAUUCAAACAUGCAAAUAAAAGGACUUAACUGUAUCAGGGACUAUAUAAGGACAGUUUGUUAACUGGCAACAAUUUGCAUAAAUUGGAACUUUGACAGGAUUCUGCUUAUUAAUAUUAUAUUUGUGGAUUUAACUAUGUUCUCAAGCAACUGAACUAUUAUUGAAUUUUCUGUUAAUUUCUUUUGGAUAUAUUUGGCUGUAAAUCAUGAUUCAGACCUGUCUAGGGACAGCCUGUCCUUCCUUUAAUUAUACCCCUCAUGUUUGUUCUGGUUUGAGAUAAUGUUAUUCCAAUGAAAAUGUAGGUUCACUAAAUGUCGACAGCUUUAAUUUAAGAUUAGAGCUCUACUCUAAAUUGGAACAUUUCAAGAACCAUAUUACUCUCAUGAUACUUCAUUAAUCUCCAUCAUGAGAUGCCAAAUCUGACAUAUUUGACAGAAAAGACAAUACCACUUGCUCCAUUCUGAAUCUACAGAUAAUGCAUGUUUUACAGUACUCCAGAUGUUUACAGUCAAUAAAACAUUUGACAAAAA